AUGGUCGAACAACACAGACGACGACGGAGGAGCGACGUCGAAAAUAGAAUCGAUGAGAACAACAACAACGGCGCGCAUCGAAACGUACGAAAACGGAGAGAUUUGGUGUGCACGAUCGCGCACGCGAAAACGUUUUCGCAAGUCCUCUCUGGAAUCCAGUUGACGCCGACGAAACGUGGCGGGCAAAAAGUGAAAGCGUGGAUCUCGAAUCGAGGGAUCGGGUUUAUCACUUUAGACCAAUCGAAGAGCUUAAAAGCGACGGCGAUUUUUCGGAGAGGGACGUUCGAGAGGUUUCGAGUUGGGUUCGGGCGCGGUAGGAAUCAGGAGGAGGAGGAAGAUGAGGAGGAGGAAGAUGAGGAAAACGAGGAAAACGAGGACGACGAGGCGGAUGACGGAGACGACGAAGAGCAGAGAAGGGGUCGUGGCGGAGGAGGAGGAGAGUCGACGGGGGAAAGAAGCGACGGUCGUCCUCGAGCAGCGCGGAAUAAUCACGCGAAUAACGGAAACGAACCGCCGGAGGAAGAAGAGAUUAAAAAGUACAUAGGGAUGUCUUUAGACGCGUUCGUGGACGUAUUGGAGAUGUUCGCGAACAGGUCGAACGGCAACGCUCUCCUCGGGGAGGAUUGCGCCGGCGGCCAGACGGUAUCGCUUUCGUACCCGGAUAGGCACGGGCGAGUGGCGUUGGAAUCGAACUCGGUGAGAGAGACGACGGUGAUUGGAGGAGGAGGUGGGAGUGAGAAUCAGAGAGGUUUGAGGCCGUUGCGGCAGACGACGUACGCGGACGUGGCGACCGAGGCGAACGUGUUUGGAGAAGACGAAGAUGAAAUGAAUAACGAGGACGACGAAGACCGCGACGAGUUUUUAAGGAUCGGGAGAGCGCUCGUGACGUUCGUGUUACCGACGACGAGAUGGAAGGAAAUCAUCGAAGAUUUAGAGUGGGCGAACGCAAACGUGUCUUUGAUAGCGACGAGAGAUUCGUUGGCGUUCGUUUCUGAAUCGAGCGACAUUGGAAGCGUCAAAGUCGACGUCGAUUUAUCCUCUCUGGUCGAGUAUUCCUUUCGCGAAGCGUCUUCUCGAGGAGGAGACGGAGGAGGAGGAGGAGGAGGAGGAGGAGGAGGAGGAGAAGGAGAGGGACAGACAUCGAACAAAAGAAAACAAAAGUGGACGUACAAGCAAGAAUUUUUGAAGCGAUCAACGAUGGUUCCAACGCAUAGCGGCGCCGUUAUCGCAACCGCGGGAGGAACGAAUAACACGUUCGGACAAUACCGUCAAACGCAAACGCAAGGUGGUGGAGGCCCCGGAGGCUUCCAUCUACCUCACCAUCGCGUGGAAACCGACGAAGCGUACAAGGCGACGACAAAAAUUUCCGUCGGCGAAACCGGCGUUCUUAAAGUCGCGCACAUGCUCCGUCUCCGCGCGUUACUUGGUCAUCACCAAAGCAACGCGUUUGGCGACACCAACGCCACCACGGCGGACCGAAACGACGGAGUUAGAAACUCGCUCCGCGGCGGCGGCGGCGCGUCCACGUGCAACGUCCCGGUUACGUUCGUCAUGGCCCCCUCGGUCGUCGGAGACGACCACGACGACGACCGCAUGGGUUCGGACGAAGAGCACGAAGAAUACGACGCGGAAUAA